AGAUGGUUUCAUCCUAAUGUCACAGGACUUGAAGCUGAAUGCCUUCUUCUAGAACGAGGCUAUGAUGGUUCUUUCCUUGCAAGACCUAGUAGAUCAAAUCCUGGAGAUUUCACUUUAUCAGUCAGAAGAAACAAUGAGGUUACACACAUCAAAAUUCAAAAUACUGGAGACUUCUAUGAUCUGUAUGCUGGGGAAAAAUUUGCAACCCUCUCAGAGCUUGUUCAGUAUUAUAUGGAAAAUCAGGGACAAUUAAAAGAACGAAACGGUGAAGUAAUAGAAUUGAAGUUUCCAUUGAAUUGUGCUGAUCCUACAACUGAGAGGUGGUUUCAUGGUCAUUUAUCUGGAAAAGAAGCGGAAAAGCUUAUUUUAGACAAAGGAAAAAAUGGUAGUUUUUUAGUUCGUGAAUCGCAGAGUAAGCCAGGAGAUUACGUAUUAUCAGUUAGAACAGAUGACAAAGUCACUCAUGUAAUGAUUCGAUGCCAGGAUAAUAAAUAUGAUGUUGGAGGAGGUGAAAAAUUCAGUAGCCUAAGCGAAUUAAUUGAACAUUACAAAAAGAAUCCAAUGGUUGAAACUAGUGGUACUGUUGUACAUCUUCGUCAGCCUUUCAAUGCCACUAGAAUUAAUGCAAGUGGCAUUGAUUCAAGGGUUAAAGAAUUACAAAAAGAAAACAGCCAAUGGUCUGGGAAAGCAGGCUUUUGGGAAGAAUUUGAGUCAUUACAACAGCAAGAAUGUAAAUAUUUGUUUUCUCGAAAAGAAGGGCAGCGUCCAGAAAAUAGAAAUAAAAACAGAUACAAAAAUAUUUUGCCAUUUGACCACACAAGGGUUAAACUGGAAAAUGCUGAUCCAGAUGAACCAGGCUCAGAUUACAUUAAUGCUAAUUAUAUUAAGUGUGAUGAUGAUCCCAACGGCCGAGUUUACAUUGCCACUCAAGGCUGUUUGCCAAAUACAGUUAAUGAUUUUUGGAAAAUGGUUUGGCAGCACAAUACUAGAGUUAUAGUGAUGACAACAAAAGAAACUGAAAGAGGAAAAAAUAAAUGUGCUCGAUACUGGCCCGAAGAAGGAGAAAGUACUGAAUAUGGAAACAUCAAAGUGACCAAUAUUUCACAGACUUCCAGGACUGAUUAUACUCUUAGAGAAUUAUCAGCAACCGAUGGCGAUGAGGAGAGAACAAUUUACCAUUAUCAUUAUCAGGGAUGGCCUGAUCAUGGAGUACCUAAUGAUCCAGGUUCAGUCUUAAAUUUCGUUCAUGAUGUAAAUCAGUGCAAUGAAAGUACUGGUUUCACUGGCCCAGUGGUUGUCCAUUGUAGUGCUGGUAUUGGAAGAACUGGAACUUUUAUUGUGAUUCACAUUUUACUCAAUUAUAUCAGUGUUCGAGGUUUGGAUUGUGAAAUAGAUAUUCAAAGAACUAUUCAAAUGGUCAGAGCACAAAGAUCCGGAAUGGUUCAAACUGAAGCACAAUAUAAAUUUGUUUAUUUGGCUGUGCAGCAUUACAUGCAAACACUCUCCCAAAGAAUACAAGCUGAACAGAAAUCUCUACAAGCUGGGAGAGAAUACAGUAACAUACGAUAUUGUAAUGAUUCUCCAUCAACACCACAAGGAACACUUAGUAAAUGGUCAUCAACUGAAACACAUUUACCAAGGCCACCCGAAGAAAUUCCAAAACAAAUUUAUGAAAACAUUCCAGUGAAAGAAAAGAAAGGUAGCUGCCCAGCUCCUCCACCAAGGCCCAUCAAGUGACCUACUCCAAAUACCAUAAAAUGCAUUAAAUUAUUAAACAUGUAAUAGCAGUAAAUUCUGUAGACUUACUUGAUGUUCUCAUUAAGAUGUUCAAAAUUUAAAUGAUAUGCAUUAAAACUUCCAGAGUCCGUAGUAAAAGUAAAAUUGAUGAUCUUCCUUUCCUAUGCAAUUUGAAUCUCUUCUAAUUGUGUUUCUUUAUAAAGUUGCUUGACAUAAAUGUGAUAUGUAGAAUUUAGCUGAAUUUUUGUUAAACAGCGGUAUUCAUUGUCAAAAUGGCUUCAUUCAUUUUACUCUAUUAUUUAACUCAUUCAGUGCUUGUGUAAUUAAUCAUAUUUAUGCUUGUAAUUUGCUUUAAUCCGAUUACAUUCU